AUUUCGGUGGCCCUGAAAGAAUGGGAUAUACCAUUAAGCAGCUUGCAGCUAGGCGAAGUUAUUGGCGUGGGCACGUUUGGCGCUGUUUACAAGGGAAAGUGGCAUGGAGAAGUGGCUGUCAAGCGGAUUGUUGAUUUGGAUCCUGCUGACGGUGAUGGAAUGGCCAGCCGUGUUGAGGCUUUUAAACAUGAGGUUGCUGUUCUUCACAAGACACGUCAUGAGAACCUGGUUCUCUUCAUGGGUGCCUGCAUGAAGCCCCCAGACCUAGCCAUUGUCACCCAGCUCAGCCGAGUAAGUUCCAAGUUUUCCAUAGUUCUUUGA